AUGCCAUUGAAAGACUGGCUGCGUCAUAUAUCUGUACUGAAAAUUAUUGGAAAAACCCUGGAUGAUAUAAGUGGAGUCCUGGAGCUCUAUCCCAUAAAUGGAAGUGCCUCAGUGGAACGUGAGGACCUCUCGGCCCCACUGGUGCAGGACGUCAGAAACUACUUCCAGAUCAGCCAAGAGUAUUUCUCUAUGCUGCUUGUUGGGAAAGAUGGGAAUGUGAAAUCCUGGUACCCCUCCCCUAUGUGGUCCAUGUCAAUCAUUUACGAGCUGGUCGACUCCAUGCAGCUUCGCAGGCAAGAGAUGGCCAUUCAGCAGUAUCUCGGCAUGCAGUGCCCAGACGAUGACUACAGUCACCAUGAGGGCUAUCAUCGAGGUUACGGCUAUUAA